AGGCAAUUGUACAUGUUGAACAGUUGUUGUUUAUCAAGAUCGAUUUUUCAUAUAAAAGAGAAGCACUUAUUAAAUGAAUAACAGAACGUCUUAUGUAAUUCGCUUCAAAAUGUUAUUCAGAAAAAAUUUGCUUCUGCUCCUGAUAAUGGUCAAUUAUGAUCUGGCCUAUAGUGCUGUCACGCUAGAGGUGGACGUCAGUUCAAAUAAUCACACGAUCUCACCAUACAUAUACGGCACAUCAUUCUUCAACGAUGUUGAAUUCGGCAAAGAGAUCAAUUUGACGGUCGACAGAUUUGGCGGCAACUCUGUCACUAGGUACAACUGGAAGAACGACGUAUCCAACCGUGCUUCCGACUGGUUCUUUGAGAACUUAUUGGAAGACAACAAAAAUCCGGAGAAACUGCCCGACGGAUCCAUGAGCGACCUGUUCAUCGAAAAAGACAAGUUGAUGGGUGCACGCAGCAUGCUCACUAUUCCCCUUAUCGGCUGGACGCCAAAGGACAGAGAAAAACGUUGCGGCUUCAGUGUCAAGAAGUACGGUCCUCAGAACCGAACGGACCGAUGGAUGCCCGACUGCGGUAACGGAAAGAAACCCGAUGGUAAGACACUAAUUACCGGCAACGAUCCCGCCGACACCUCAAUCAAAAUUAACAGCACGUUUGCUAAGGAAUGGGUCCAGCAUCUGAUCAAAAAGUACGGCACCGCAGAUCAGGGCGGAGUGCUUUUUUACCAGAUGGACAACGAGUACGACCUGUGGCACACUACCCACCAGGACGUCCAUCCACAGCCAGCCACAACUGAUGAGAUCAUCAAACUCACUGAGGAGUACGCAUUGGCCGUUAAAGAAGUGGAUCCAUCUGCAUUGACUCUUGGACCAGUUGGAUGGGGAUUUGUGUCGAUUUUACGUUCGGCCCUGGAUUGGACCAACAGGACUAGUAAAGACAGAGAAAGCCACGAAAACCUGGAUUUCGGACCAUACUAUUUGAAGACAAUGAAGCAAUUGGAAUUAAAUCACUCGAAACGACUCCUUGAUUACCUCGACCUCCAUAUAUACCCACAAGCGGACAACGUGUUUGUUGACAGUGCAGACCCGGAGGUAAUGGCAGUGAGACUCAGAUCAACUCAGGCCUUGUGGAACCCCGACUACAUAGACGAGAGCUGGAUCAAGAACAUGGGCGAACCGAAUAACCGGGUGCAACUAAUUCCCAGGAUGAAAAAGGCCAUCGAAACUUACUAUCCAGGUACCAAAAUAGCCAUCACCGAAUACAACUGGGGCAAUUUAAAGGUUAUGAACGGCGCCCUCGCACAGGCUGACGUACUUGGUAUUAUGGGAAGAGAGGGCGUUGACGUGGCUCUUCUCUGGGGACCGAAAAAUGCGACAGAGCCAUGGGCGUAUGCUUUCAGGAUGUACCGCAACUACGACGGAAAGGGUUCUCAGUUCGGUUCUAUUAGUGUUAGUGCAAAAUCGAGUGACGAACAGACGCUUGCAAUUUACGCUUCAAUCCGACCGUCAGACAAAAAGUUGACUGUUAUUGCCAUCAACAAAGACCCAACCAACGAAAUUGACACGAAGAUCGAGAUCAAGAACUUCGACAUCUCGGACAGUACUAAAGCCUAUACGUACAGUCAGAACAAUCUAACCAAGAUUGUGGAAAGUAUUGCCACUGUGGUCAACAAUGCCAUUGAACACAAAUUCCCCGCUUAUUCGAUCACAUUAUUCGAAGUGGCCGGUAAAUAAUUUUUCUUGUGUUUAUAGAAAACAUCAAUAGCCGAUGUUCGUAUAAUUGAGUAUAUCUAUAUAAGUAAUGCAUCAAAUAAAGUUAUAAAAAUAA